AGUUAUAUAAAGACUGAACUAAAUGUUUUCAUUACCUCAAAAAUAAACUCAACACCGAAGAAUAGAAAAAGUGAGAUCGAAGAAUGGCUUCAGCACAGGUAAACCUGCUCUUUCUCGCUUGUGCUUUCAUACUUCUGUAUGUAAGUGUUACCCCGGUGGAAGCAGAAGCGUGUGGUUACCACUACCACAUUAACGAGUACUUCACGGUAUACUACUCGACCACCUACAAACGAUUCCACCCCCUCUAUUAUGGAUACUGUACAGGUGGGAUUUGGUAUAGAGAUGGAAAAGUGUACAAUACCAAUGGAGAGCGUUUGUAUUAUAUAAUAACGUACUCUCGUGGCAAGAGAUCCUCGUCUACUGGAGAAGUGGGUACCUACAGUGGAACUACAAACAGAGACACAGGGUUAUCUGAAAAUGAGCAAACAAAAAGAGAUGUUGAAGCGAGUGACAACAUUCAAAAAAGAAUUAAGGUAUCUGAUUAUGCCGAGAUUCUACAGGCCUUAGAAGGACAGAAACGCACUGAGAGAGCUUUUCAGAAAGCAGCUUACGGUAAAGUUUCGAAAAACUCUGCUGUGAAAAAGGAGGCAGAAGAAACAAAAGAGCAAGCCUAGGUUUGUAAAUGAGGUGGAUGGUCCAGGAAUGCUAAAUAUGGCAUAUUUACUUUGACUGAAGAACUAUUUAUCCUUAUUAAAAUAAAGAAAAAAAUGCAUCAAAAUGA